CGAGUCAGGGGAUGCUGAGGCCCGCCCUCUGCUUUCCCACGGCCUGGCUCCAGCUCGCAGCACACCUGUGUCCACCUGGCAGAAAACCGAAGCCGAGGGGCGGGGCCGCUGGCGCUCCCGGCUCGCGCGCGCGGCCGCUGUCCGCGCGCGCGGGUGUCAAUAAAGUUCUCGCGCGCCGGAAGCGGAAGCGGCGAGUCUCCAUGGCGGCGGCGGCGGCUGCUGGGCCGGUGUUCUGGAGGCGGCUGCUGGGCCUUCUGCCUGGCCGCCCCGGGCUGGCUGCGCUCCUGGGGCGCCUGUCCGACCGCCUCGGCAGGAACCCGGACCGCCGGCGCAGGAGGUCACCAUGGCUGCUGUUGGCCCCUCUGCUGUCCCCUGCAGUCCCUGUGGUCACCUCGCCUCCGUGCUGCCUGUGUGCGGAGGGCGUGCAUCGCUUCCAGUGGAUCAGAAACCUGGUUCCAGAGUUUGGCGUCUCCAGCUCUCAUGUCAGGGUGCUUUCUUCUCCAGCAGAGUUUUUUGAGCUCAUGAAGGGGCAGAUAAAAGUAGCCAAGAGGCGGGUCGUGAUGGCAUCCCUCUACCUGGGGAUAGGCCCUCUGGAACAGGAACUGGUGGAUUGCCUAGAAAGCACUCUAGAAAAAUCACUCCAGGCGAAGUUUCCUUCCAGCCUCAGGGUAUCCAUCCUCUUGGACUUCACGAGGGGCUCGAGAGGAAGGAAGAACUCGCGCACCAUGCUGCUCCCGCUCCUGCAGAGGUUUCCGGAACAGGUCCGAGUCUCGCUCUUCCACACGCCCAACCUCCGCGGGCUCCUGCGGCUCCUCAUCCCCGAGCGCUUCAACGAGACCAUUGGCCUGCAGCACAUCAAGGUGUACCUCUUCGACAACAACGUCAUCCUCAGCGGUGCAAACCUGAGUGACUCCUACUUCACCAACCGGCAGGACCGCUACGUGUUCUUGCAGGACUGUCCCGAGAUCGCCGACUUCUUCACGGAGCUGGUGGACGCAGUAGGGGAUGUGUCCCUGCAGCUGCAGGGGGACGACACUGUGCAGAUGGUCGAGGGGAUGGUGCACCCUUACAAAGGUGACCGGGCUGCAUAUUGCAAGGCAGCCAAUAAGAGGGUCAUGGACGUGAUCAACUCUGCCAGGUCGCGCCAGCAGGCGCUGCACGCCCAGACCUUCCACAGUGACUCCCUCCUGACCCAGGAGGAUGCCGCAGCUGCUGGAGACCGGAGGCCGGCCCCCGACACCUGGAUCUACCCCCUGAUCCAGAUGAAGCCCUUUGAGAUUCAGAUCGACGAGAUUGUCACCGAGACCCUGCUGACAGAGGCCGAGCGAGGGGCUAAGGUCUACCUCACCACUGGCUACUUCAACCUGACCCAGGCCUACAUGGACCUGGUCUUGGGCACACGGGCCGAGUACCAGAUCCUGCUGGCCUCGCCGGAGGUGAACGGCUUCUUCGGAGCCAAGGGGGUGGCGGGCGCCAUCCCGGCCGCCUACGUGCACAUCGAGCGGCAGUUCUACAGUGAGGUGUGCAGCCUGGGGCAGCAGGAGCGGGUGCAGCUGCAGGAAUACUGGCGCAGGGACUGGACGUUCCACGCCAAAGGCCUCUGGCUGUACCUGGCAGGGAGCAGCCUGCCCUGUCUCACGUUGAUUGGCUCUCCUAAUUUUGGGUACAGGUCGGUUCACCGGGACCUGGAGGCCCAGAUCGCCAUUGUCACGGAGAGCCGGGCCCUGCAGCAGCAGCUUCACCAGGAGCAGGAGCAGCUCUACCGCAGGGCAGGCGUGGUGUCCUCUGCCACCUUUGAGCAGCCGAGCCGGCAGGUGAAGCUGUGGGUGAAGAUGGUGACUCCGCUGAUCAAGAACUUCUUCUGAGGACAGCAGGUUAAAGGUCCAGACGUAGGUGGGACCGCGGAUGCGUGUUUUGUACACGGGACACUCAUAGAUGUUCUUGGUCUCCAUGCGGUCCACAGGGAUGGCCUUGAUGAAGAUGACGGGCAUGGCUGGCGUCAGCUCUUUCAGCCGCGCUUCGGCGAUGACUCCGGUCUGGGUGUCCCAGCGAGCUCCUGCAGGGAUGGCACACCCGAGGGUCAGGGUGGUCCGUGGUGAGGUGACUGGUUCCCGUCUGUCGCGCUGGCAGGGAGGGGCGGGGCCUGGCUCACACCCCCACCCCUGCAGCAAUGUGCCGAGGCUGGACUGGCACUGGGAUCACCACACAUGGGGCUGCGAGCAGAGGGCGUGGUGGCGGGGGGGGCGUCUCGCUGCCAACGUCCGACGGACGGCCCAGCCCUGAAGCCCUGGGCUCCACCGUUUACAUUUGUGGUGGUGUUGGAGCCUCAUGUGUCAGCCUUAUUGAUUCAGGGGCAGGAAACUAACUCCAGCUAAAAGUGACUGAUUAGAGCUCCCCGCUCCCCUGUCCCUGUGGCGUCUGUCCUGUCCGUGCGCAGUAAACGUGUAGACGCACAUUGAACUGUUGCCGCCUUGAACCAGACUUAUUUCUACUCACCCUAUUUAAUGACGCUGAGAUUUCCUGUAAUUCCACAAUAAAAACAUGGAGAACAUC